CUGUGUCACUCCUCCAGGAGGCAUCAGAACCCCUCAGGCAAUCUUUAAGUCUUGAAAACAGAAUCGGAAGGCACCGGAAUGCUGUCUGUGCUCUUUGGGAAGAAAGACGAGCUCAAGAAAGGAGAACUGAUAAGGUCCACGCAGAGCCUUCACCACUAUGUGCACAAAUACUUCACCAUCACCAAGAGACUGUUGGAGAUCCUCAACACUCACCUGAAUCAAAGCCCUUGCCCUGCAGUGGAAGCAAAUGAAGGUGAAAGCAUUGAGAAAAACUGUGCCAGGGUCAGAGAUGUUAUGUGCCUGAUCCUAGAUGUUUCUGAGAAGGAGAACAAACAUGUCCAAAAGGAGAAACAUGAUCUUUAUGAGAAGAUUACCUUCUCUGGAGCGUCGCUGAAAGAAAAGGCUGUAAUGAUAAAGGAUCUGCAUCAGAAGACCAUGGGACUCUUGGGGAACGUCUUCGGUCCUGUAGUCGCUGUUCGACUGGCAAACAGUGAUCUGCGGAAUGUGAUGCCUCCAGUGGAACAGCAUGAGUUUCAGGCCGUUCUGUCGCUUGCUCUGGGAGAUCUAGUGCAGAGCAGUGCAAGAAUCACUGAGCUUCUGUGCAGAUCAGGAGAAAAGAGCUUGAAUGAAGCUGUGCAGUUAGUGGAAGACGUCUUAUCUGUUCUGAAGAUGCCCUGCGACUCCUACAAUGAUAUUCUGUGUGAAGUGGAGGCCUACAUCACCAUCUUAUCUGAAAACAUGUAGAGCACACUUAUGAAGACACUCUUCUCUCAGAGAGUGUAGUAAAGUUUGUGUAGUAAAGUUAUGUUUGAAGCUGGGAUGCUGGUUUGAGCUGGUUUAUGGCGGUUCUUUGCUGGUUAAUGCUGGUCCUUAGCUGGUCAUGGGCAAGUGGCCCAGCUAAAGACCAGCACGAGCCAGCAAAGAACCAGCUUAAACCAGCAUCCCUGCUUGAAAACAUAACCAUCAGCAUAUGCAGUUUUUCAACAGGACUCUAAAUAAUAACAAUAAAAACAGUGGUUAAAAACAAAAGUCAUGUUAUGUGCUUUUCAACAUUCUUUUAUUUGUUCAGAUAUAUAUAAAAAAAGAUAAACAGUAGUAUAUUCUUAAAGGAAAACUCCACUCUUUUGGAAAUAGACCCAUUCUCCAGCUCCUACAGAGUUAAAAGGCUUUGACGUUUUGGAAUCUAUUCAGCCAUUCUCCAUAUCUGGCGAUAACACUUUUAGCAUAGCUUAGCAUAGACCAUUGAAUCUGAUUAGACCAGAAGCAUUUCAGUUCAAAAUGAUCAAAGAUAUUGAUAUUUUUCCUUUUUAAAACUUGACUCUUCUGUAGUUACAUUGCAACUUUUCAAUUUCUGUUGGUCUUAGGUUUUGUCAUAUUAUGAGAAAAUAGUUUACUGUUUUUUUUAGCAGUUUUGCUAAUAAAUAAAGUGGGGGUAACGCUUCAGAAUACAGAUCCUUUUUUAAUCAGUAACUACACAGGAACAAAUCAAUAACGCAUUAUUAACAAUGCAGGAACCUAACUGUUAACUAACAAGAAACUCUGAUUAACAAAUUAGUAAGUAAUAGCACAAAGAUGACACUAGUAGUUUACUAUUAACUACAAUUUUUUUAUUCUUCCCAGAGAACUAGUGAGAAAGUUUCAUAAUUCACCCAAAACUAAACAAUAAGUAAUGCAUUUAAUGCAAUUAAUUUUAAUUACUUCACAAGACUGUUACAUUAUCAGUAACCUAAUAGCAGACUUGUCCUAUUACUGUUUAUAUGUGACAUGCUAUAUAAAAUCUGAAAAUAUUUUGUGUAUGCGUAUGACAAGCAAUGUGUAUAUGUACUGAACAAUAAUAAAAGCAAUUCUAAAUAUGUGUGCAAUUUUAAGACACCUCACAACUUUCACU